AUGAACGCUUCGUUCGGUCAACCACCGCCUCCCCUGGGCAGUUUCGAAACUCAUUCUGUCAAUACCACACCUGCACCGACUCCGCCGCUUCCCCGACCUGCUUCGCAACACCAGCAACAGCAACAGAUGGCAUACAGUAUGAAUGGUGGUCCUCCGAUGCCGAAUGGAGGUAUGAUGGGCGCCCCGACUAACUAUGGCGGCUAUGCCGAAGCGAACGUCUUUCCCCAACCUCAACCACCGCCACAACCGCAAGCAACCUUUUAUACGAAUGGUAUAAAACCACAGAUCUAUACGGCCGUCUAUUCUAAUGUCUCCGUCUUCGAAAUGGAAGUCAACGGUAUAGCCGUGAUGCGACGUCGUGCGGACUCAUGGUUGAAUGCAACACAAAUCUUGAAAGUCGCUGGGGUUGAUAAAGGCAAAAGAACCAAAGUGCUUGAGAAAGAGAUCACGGGCGAACAUGAAAAGGUCCAAGGCGGGUACGGAAAAUAUCAGGGUACCUGGGUCAAUUACCAGCGAGGCCGCGAGUUUGCCAGACAAUAUGGCGUUGAGCAACACCUCCUGCCACUGUUUGAGUACGAUAUCACCUCGGACGGAAUGCCGGGCAUGGGUCAGGGCAUGGAAACACCAACGAAAGAACAGGCCAUGGCCGCUCAGAGAAAGAGGAUGUAUGGUGGUGAUGGACGACCGAUCACACAAUCUUCAGGAGGCACAUUCUUCAAAAACAUGUCCAGCACAGCAGCGAACGCUAUCCACGCUCUAAACAGAACGCGGAUGGAUUCACCGAGUCAGAUGGAUGGCCGACGCUCGGUUGGACCACGGAGACAGUCUCAAUCUCAAUCACAGUCUUUUACCUAUGGUACAGAUGGUCUGUACGGUCAGGGAGCCAGUCAGCAAAGUAUGCCGAGUAUGACUUCCCAAGACAGCUUUGGCACCAACGGUGGGAUCAUGAGUCAGGGGGCCAGCUUUGCAGAUUUUCCUACGACCGAUGCGCAGGAGCCACCACGAAAACGUAUCCGACCUUCACCACAAUCAUCAUUUCUGGCUGCACCUUAUGAUGGGACCAUGGACCUGUCACUGGCAGACGGCACUGCAACCGACGCUGACGCUUCCUUCUUCUCGCAACCGACACAGUCUUUCAUGGCAUCCGACCCGGUGACGUAUGGGCUUGAACCGCUACCUUACCCGUCGGGACCGCUUGAAGAGCAAAAGAAGGAACUUUUGCUUGACCUCUUCCUCGAUUCUUCGCGGACAGACUUUGAAGAUCACCCAGCAUUUCUUCGGCUUAGCGGCGACGAAUUUGAACUUCCCAUCGACGGCUCCUGUAAUACUGUGAUGCAUUGGGCGGCAACACUGGCUCGGAUACCUCUGGUUCGGAAGCUGCUGGAAAAGGGUUUCAACAUUAAGCGGGCAAACAGUGGCGGUGAGACAGCGCUGAUCGCAGCCUGUCAAGCCCGGAACAAUCUGGACCAAAACACAUUUCCGGCGCUCCUGGAGCUGCUUGGCUCGACUAUCGAGGUCAGAGACGGUCGAGGUCGGACCAUACUUCACCAUAUUGCGGUGUCGUCCGCCAUGAAAGGACGAGCUGCUGUUGGCAAAUACUAUCUGGAGUCGCUGCUGGAGUAUGUCAUCAAACAAGGCGCCAAUGCUCAAGCGUCCAUGUCUUUUGACGGUAUCAACGGAGCGAACGGCCAAACCCAAGACAGUAGAAUGACAUUGGCGAGAUUCAUGACCGAAAUUGUCAAUGCUCAAGACAAGGCUGGCGAUACAGCACUGAAUUUGGCGGCACGAACCAGCACGACUACAAUCAUUGAUCAGUUGAUUGAAGUGGGGGCAGAUCCUCAUGUUGGCAAUCGUGGUGGGCUUGCUCCUGUUGAUUUUGGUGUCGGCAGCCACGUCAACAGCCAGAUGCUGGAGCAGAAUCUGAGUAUGUUUGAGGCGCCAGUAGUGGCCAAUGGGUCACCACAGAAGUCCUUCGAGGAGGCUCAAGAAGGACUCAUGACUUCGAUACGAAACGUGUUGUCACAAUCAGAGGCCGACUUUGCGGCUGAGAUGAAGGAAAAGAAGGAAGUACUGGACAAAACAAAUGCUGCACUGAAAGAGUCGGGGUCAUCGUUGGCAGAAGAGCGACGGCGGCUGGAUGAAGCACGAGCCAAAGUGCGCGAGAAAGAAGAGUUGGAACAGAAAAUCAACAAUCUGCGUCAAGCGGCGGCGAAAGUACGAGCGGAACUCAAUCAAAGUCAAAUGGAUUCGCCGAUACAAGAGAGUGUGGCGGUUGGACAGGCCGAUAAAGGGCUUGAUCUGGAUGGACAACUUCCGAUGGUGGCACAGUUAUUCCCUGACGGCGAGACCGACCCUCUGAGUAUGACCCAAGAACAGGCACAGUUUUUGUCGUGUCUGGAGCGAAGUGAGGUCUUGAGUGGGCGGGCCAAGGUCUACCAACGGCAUAAUCAGCAGCUGGAGCAGAUGGCCAAGACACUCAAGGCGAGGAGCGCCGAGCUGGAAGAACGGUACAAGAAGAUUGUGAGUCUCUGUACAGGAGCGGAUGAAGAUAAAGUGGAUGGAUUACUGGAUAACCUGGUGCAAGCGGUUAUCAGCGAGCAGAAGGAGAUGAGUGGCAAUUCGCAGUUGGGCAGGGUGCGGGAGUUUCUGAGAAUGGUGCAAGGGUCAAGUGGCUGA